AAAUUUAGGAUUCUUUGAUUGGCCAGAAUGACACGAAUUCCUUUUGAUGACGUCAUACAGCAACGCAUGAGACGCCAUUGCCGUGAAGAAACGCCAUCUUUGUCUCCGUCCGUUGGUGGUCGCUUUGGGUGAUUUGUAUCGACCCGCCAGCGAUCAUCUGUCAUUUUAGCUGGCCUCAAUAUCAAGUGACUGGUGUAUACAUAUUCGAAUUCUCGUGCGUUUUGGAUAAUCUCUGCCUGGCCAGUUCUCCAGUAGAGGUUGUUAGAAGGCUGGCAUCUUGCAGCGCCACGUGGCGCUAUCGUCUACAGAGUUUCCGUGAAGACCCUUUCUGUCAAUUUAACUAGGCCAACAAACAGUGAUAAUAGGCCCUGUCGCAAAAAUGACAGACAUGGCAAAGAUGACCAUAUAUGACAGUGCCGGCCUGGCCGAGCUGGCACACCGCGAGUACCAGGCCGGCGACUACGAGAACGCCGAGCGCCACUGCAUGCAGCUGUGGCGCCAGGAGCCGCACAACACGGGCGUGCUGCUGCUCCUAUCGUCCAUCCACUUCCAGUGCCGGCGGCUGGAGAAAUCCGCGCACUUCAGCGCCAUGGCCAUCAAACACAACCCGAUCCUGGCCGAGGCCUACAGCAACCUAGGCAACGUGUACAAGGAGCGCGGCCAGCUGCAGGAGGCGCUCGACAACUACCGGCACGCCGUGCGCCUGAAGCCAGACUUCAUCGACGGCUACAUCAACUUAGCGGCGGCGCUGGUGGCUGCCGGCGACCUGGAGGGCGCCGUGCAGGCCUACGUGUCGGCGCUGCAGUAUAACCCGGACCUUUACUGCGUCCGCAGUGAUCUCGGCAAUCUUCUGAAGGCUCUAGGCAGGCUAGACGAGGCCAAGGGCUGCUACCUGAAGGCUAUUGAGACCAGGCCCGACUUCGCCGUGGCCUGGAGCAACCUGGGCUGCGUGUUCAACGCGCAGGGCGAGAUAUGGCUGGCGAUCCACCACUUCGAGAAGGCGGUGGCGCUCGACCCCAACUUCCUGGACGCCUACAUCAACCUGGGGAACGUGCUGAAGGAGGCGCGCAUCUUCGAUCGGGCGGCGGCCGCCUACCUGCGCGCUCUCAACCUGUCGCCCAACCACGCGGUGGUGCACGGAAACCUGGCCUGCGUCUACUACGAGCAGGGUCUGAUCGACCACGCCAUCGACACGUACCGACAUGCCAUCGAGCUGCAGCCCAACUUCCCCGACGCCUACUGCAACCUGGCCAACGCCCUGAAGGAGAAGGGCCUGGUGACGGAGUCGGAGGAGUGCUACAACACGGCUCUGCGGCUGAUGCCCACCCACGCCGACAGCCUGAACAACCUGGCCAACAUUAAACGUGAACAGGGAUUCACGGAGGAGGCCAUCAGGCUCUACUGCAAGGCUCUGGAGGUGUUCCCGGAGUUCGCAGCGGCACACUCCAACCUGGCCUCGGUACUCCAGCAGCAAGGCAAACUCAACGAGGCACUGAUGCACUACAAGGAGGCCAUCCGGAUCCAGCCUACGUUCGCAGACGCCUACAGCAACAUGGGCAACACGCUGAAGGAGAUGCAGGACAUUCAGGCGGCGCUGCAGUGCUACACGCGCGCCAUCCAGAUCAACCCGGCGUUCGCAGACGCUCACAGCAACCUGGCCUCCAUUCACAAGGACUCUGGGAAUAUCCCGGAGGCUAUCCAGUCGUACCGGACGGCCCUGCGGCUGAAGCCAGACUUCCCGGACGCCUACUGCAAUCUGGCGCACUGCCAGCAGAUCGUCUGCGACUGGACCGACUACGAUGCGCGCAUGAAGAAACUCAUCUCGAUCGUGGCCGAUCAGCUGGAGCGCAACCGCCUGCCGUCGGUCCACCCGCACCACAGCAUGCUCUACCCGCUGUCCCAUGAGUUUAGGAAGGCCAUCGCCAACCGGCACGCCAACCUGUGCCUGGAGAAGAUCGCUGUGCUACACAAGUCGCCCUACAAGUACCCCACGGAGCUGGCGCCUGACGGCCGUCUGCGCAUCGGCUACGUGUCGUCUGACUUCUGCAACCACCCGACGUCGCACCUGAUGCAGAGCAUCCCCGGCUUCCACCGUGCCGAUAAGGUGGAGGUGUUCUGCUACAGUCUCAGUCCCGACGACGGCACCAACUUCCGACAGAAGAUCGCCAGGGAGGCCGAACACUUUGUCGACCUCAGCCAGAUCCCGUGCAACGGCAAGGCGGCCGACCGCAUCAACGCCGACGGAAUCCACGUCCUGCUGAACAUGAACGGCUACACGAAGGGCGCGCGUAACGAGAUAUUCGCGCUGCGGCCGGCUCCAAUCCAGGUGAUGUGGCUGGGCUACCCGGGCACCAGCGGCGCCUCCUACAUGGACUACAUCGUCACGGACGCCGUGACGUCGCCGCUCCAGCUGGCUCACCAGUACAGCGAGAAGCUGGCCUACAUGCCGGACACGUUCUUCAUCGGCGACCACAUGCAGAUGUUCCCGCACCUCAAGGAGCGGGUCGUCAUUGACGGCCAGAACAAGCUGGCGUCCAGUGUGGCCGACAACGUGGCCAUCAUCAACGCCACCGACCUCUCCCCGGUGCUGGAGAACACGCAGACCAAGACGCACAAGGAGCGCGUCAAUACGAGCGGCCAGGACGGCGACGCGGCCACCACCGAGGUGAAGCUGACGGUGGCGCAGCUGCCGUCCACCACCGGCAUCGAGACCAUGAUCCAGAGCGGGCAGCUGCAAACCCAGGUGAAUGGGCUGACCAUCCAGAACGGCCUGGCCACGCCGCAGACUGAGCCCAAGGCCGCCUCCGGCGAGGAGGUGCCCAAGUCGAUCCUGGUCACCACGCGCCAGCAGUACGGCCUCCCGGAGAAGGCCAUCGUGUACUGCAACUUCAACCAGCUCUACAAGAUCGACCCGAGCACGCUGAAAAUGUGGAUCGCGAUUCUGAAGGCGGUGCCCAACUCUGUGAUGUGGCUGCUGCGUUUCCCGGCCGUGGGCGAGGCGAACCUCUCCGCCACCGCCCAGGCGCACGGCUUGCCCGCCAACCGACUCGUCUUCAGUAACGUGGCCGUCAAGGAGGAGCACGUACGCCGCGGCCAGCUGGCCGACGUGUGUCUAGACACGCCGCUCUGCAACGGACACACCACCGGCAUGGACGUGCUCUGGGCGGGAACGCCCAUGGUGACGCUAGUCGGCGAGACCCUGGCGUCUCGCGUGGCGGCCUCCCAGCUCACGGCUCUCGGCUGUCCAGAGCUGAUUGCCACCACACGCAGCCAGUACGAGCAGAUCGCCAUCAAGCUGGGAACCGAUCCCGACUACCUGAAGUCGGUGCGCUCCAAGGUGUGGGAGGCGCGCGUCACGCGACCCCUGUUCAGCUGCAGUCGGUACGCGGUGAACCUGGAGCGUCUGCUGCUCCGUCUCUGGGAGCGCUACCAGCGCGGUGAGAAGCCCGACCACCUCACCGACUGGUAGGCGGGGACACUAGUGACGUGAACAGGACUGGGGAGACGCUAGGACGCAGCUGGCGAUGUGUGUUGGAUAGCGGAGUGGUGCGCCGCUCCGCCGCUGUGACAAGCACACCGGGUAACAUGGACCUGAGAACGUGACGCGUGACGAGAGCGUGACGGAUCGCCCGAGCGGGCGAACGCCGACGGGCGGCACUGUAUAUAUUAGGCUCUGACUGACCCCGUCUGUGGCGCGCUCGCUGGGGACUCGCCCCGGGGCGGUGCGACUUUGUGUGGUGCACGCACCGCGCUGUGUAUCGUGAGUGCUCACCGCUUACCUGAGUGGCACCGAAGUGCACCGUUUGGGCUUUGAGGGGCGUGAGACGAGGCUCGCCUGACGAGCCGGUGUGUGUCCUGCGGGUGUGCGCUCCGCACUCGCCGGCGACUGGGCGUGUGUGUUGGGUGGAAAGUAAACCGCUCCCGUGGGCACUCUUGCGAGUUCCUGCUGGAUGGAACGGAUGGCGAGCGCCGUCCGCUGGGCAUAUUUCACAUAAGUAGCGUAGCUUCAGUGACGCGGGCGGGGCGCCGCGACCCCCGGGUCGCACCUGCUGUCGAUGUCUGUAGACUCGGUGUGCGCCGUUCCGGACGCGGUGCGCCGGCCGGCGGAGCGCGGACUCCGUGUGUCGUGACGCUUAGCCGGGCGCGGCGCCGGGCUCCCGUACCGCCGCUUUCUGUAUGAUAUAUUCGUGAAUUGUGUGCGCGAUUGUGGGUAUGUGUGAGGCUCAUGCCGGGCUGGCGAGUGUUGUAGGAGGCUGGUUUGUCGAGUGCUUGCCGUAGCGUAGGACUGUUCGACAUUCAUGUGAUACUUCCCUCCUGUAGCAGAAUAUAUUCUGGUGAGCAUUGAUAAA